AUGCCCGAAAUUGGUGAUCCCUGUGUCUAUCCAUUUAAGUUCAACAAUAAAUUCUAUUCCUCUUGCACCAACGAUUUCUUUGGUUACCUUUGGUGUGCCACAGAAGUUGACACUACCACAAAAAACGUGAAGUCCAUUAAAAAAUGUAAAACUAAAGAGUAUGGAGGUAAUGAUGAUCUUCGACGCUGUCUCUUCCCCUUUGUGUACAAGGGCCAAACCUUCUAUACCUGCACCAUGAAAGAUACAAAGUAUAAAAAGGAAUUUUGGUGUGCGACAACAAAGAACUAUGACCAGGAUGGGAUGUUCAGAUACUGUCCUGAUACCGUUGGUAUUCCCUGUGUCUUCCCAUUUAUUUACAAGGAUAAAUCUUAUUCCACUUGCACCAAGGAAAACCAUGAUGACUUGUGGUGUGCCACAAAAGUUGAACCUGACACGAAAGAAAUGACCGAAUGGAAACUAUGUAUGCCUAAAGAGUCUGGAGGUAGUGCUUUUGGACGAGCCUGUGUCUUCCCCUUUGUGUAUAAGGGCCAAACCUUCGAUACCUGCACCACGCAAGAUUCGCCGGACGGGGACUUCUGGUGUGCGACAACAGGGAACUAUGACCAGGACGAGAAAUGGAGCUACUGUCCUGAUACCGAGUAUGGAGGUAAUGAUGAUGGAAAACCCUGUGUCUUCCCCUUUGUGUACAAGGGCCAAUCCUACGAUACCUGCACCAGCUAUUUUGGCCCAGAAGGGGACUUCUGGUGUGCGACAACAGGGAACUAUGACCAGGACGAGAAAUGGACCUACUGUCCUGAUACCGUGUUUAGCCCCCGUCUGCCAGAGAUCAUCGACCAGCGCGACCAAGGCAGUUUCAAUCCCAUGUUGAGGCCAGAAUCCCGAUUGGAGUUCAACCAGGUGGUGGCUAUAAAUAUCCAGGUAUCUAGUUUGGAUCACAACAAGUGGAUGGGUAAAAGAAAGAUCAUUUGGUUCACCGACCAGAAGCCUUGCUAA